AAAGAUAAAACAAAAAGAAAAUAAUAAAGAAAAAGGGGUUUAUAUUUAAAUCGUCUUUUUUUCCCACGACCAAAAACCCCUUCUUUCUCACACACACACACAUUUGUCGUACCAUAUUGGUAUUAAGCAAAUAAAAUAUGGCAUCUCAACCCAUGGAUUAUACCAGCAGCAGCAAUAGCGAUACAGAGUCUGAGUUAGCUGAUAUGUUGCGUAAAUUUACCAUUCAUAAGAAAAUAGAGACUGUUUCCGAUUACAUUAAACAGAACGAAAACCCUCCUAUGCCGUUUGUAAAUGAUCAUACAGAGGUCAGAUUACAAAGGUCUUGCAAACAAGAUAUUCGUCUCUUAUCCAGCAAAAUGACACGACGCUUCCUCAGUCAUGAGUUUGAAGUUAGAGGUAGUACAGGCCAGAAUUAUACCGUGAAAAUAGGGCCCAAACUGGAUUGCACUUGUCGUGACCACAGAACAAGAGCUACUCAUUGCAAGCAUAUCUUGUUUAUUCUCUCUCAAGAAUUAAAGAUUCAGAAUUAUUCUAGCAUCAUUUAUGUCACCUUGUUUCCUACUGAUCAGAGAUAUUCAGUCAUUACCAUUCGAAUGUGUGACUUGCGUUAG